CUCCAUCAAAGGAACAGAAACAACCACGAUUUACUACACUUCCUAGAUUCUUCGUCAGUUCUCGUCAUCUUUGCGAGAGCUUUGAAUCUAGUCGAUACCAACUUUCUAUUCACUCCCAGGCGCAGUCUUCUCCAGAAGAAGUUCUGCCCUCUUUUCCCCCUCCUCCGUCACCCCGCGAUUUUCACCACCUCUAGAUCGAGCCGUGCUUGAUCUAGAUUCCACGCGCCUCAACCGCAAACAUGGCUACCGACAAGGGACUCGAGGACGUCCCCGAGGGACAGAUCGAGUCCAACUACGAUGAGACCGUCGACUCUUUCGAUGACAUGAACCUCAAGUCUGAGCUCCUCCGAGGUGUCUACGCCUAUGGUUUCGAGCGUCCCUCUGCCAUUCAGCAGCGUGCGAUCAUGCCCGUCAUCAAGGGCCACGAUGUCAUCGCUCAGGCCCAGUCCGGUACUGGAAAGACUGCUACUUUCUCCAUUUCCGUUCUCCAGAAGAUCGACACCAACGUCAAGGCUUGCCAGGCCCUGAUCCUUGCCCCCACUCGCGAGCUGGCUCAGCAGAUUCAGAAGGUCGUGGUCGCUAUUGGCGACUUCAUGAACAUUGAGUGCCACGCCUGCAUUGGUGGCACCAGCGUCCGUGAGGACAUGAAGGCCCUCCAGGACGGCCCUCAGGUCGUUGUCGGUACCCCCGGCCGUGUCCAUGACAUGAUCCAGCGUCGGUUCCUCAAGACCGACUCCAUGAAGAUGUUCGUCCUCGACGAGGCCGAUGAGAUGCUUUCUCGCGGUUUCACCGAGCAGAUCUACGACAUCUUCCAGCUCCUCCCCCAGUCCACCCAGGUCGUCCUCCUGUCCGCCACCAUGCCCCAGGACGUCCUUGAGGUCACCACCAAGUUCAUGCGUGACCCCGUCCGUAUCCUGGUCAAGAAGGACGAGCUUACCCUGGAGGGUAUUAAGCAGUUCUACAUUGCCGUCGAGAAGGAGGAGUGGAAGCUCGACACCCUCUCGGAUCUGUACGAGACUGUCACCAUCACCCAGGCCGUCAUCUUCUGCAACACCCGCAGAAAGGUCGACUGGCUCACCGACAAGCUCACUGCCCGUGACUUCACCGUCUCUGCCAUGCACGGUGACAUGGACCAGGGUCAGCGUGAUCUGAUCAUGAAGGAGUUCCGAUCCGGCUCUUCCCGUGUCCUGAUCGCCACCGAUCUUCUGGCUCGUGGUAUCGAUGUCCAGCAGGUUUCCCUGGUCAUCAACUACGAUCUCCCCGCCAACCGUGAGAACUACAUCCACCGAAUUGGUCGUGGUGGUCGUUUCGGCCGAAAGGGCGUUGCCAUCAACUUUGUCACCGCCGAGGACGUCCGCAUGAUGCGUGAGAUUGAGCAGUUCUACAGCACCCAGAUCGAGGAGAUGCCCAUGAACGUUGCCGACCUCAUCUAAGCGGGGACAACGAAAAAAAAUCCAAAAAAGCACAGUCUUCCAUAUCCGUUUUUUUCAGGCUGCGUAGCCUGCUUCACUCACGACCAGACGACGCAGGGCAGCCUGACUUCUUUGGGAGGGUUUCAUACGGAGAAAUCUUUGCGGCAGUUGUUGAUUAGAUCUCGUUUCUAGAGUACCGCCUGGGGCGGCACAUGGUUGCCGUCGGUCCGGGGGUGACUUACGGGGAGACUGAACUGGCUGCAUGACAAAAAGGCUCGAGGGUCCAUUGCGCCUUAAUACCUGGAGGCGCGGCGGGGCUACCAAAAGUAAUGCAAUGGUUGUUGACCCUGCUUUUUGUCUCUGUAUUUAGGUGUCAUUAUCAUGAUGAAUGCUUUCUCUUUUCUUUAA